AAGAGAGAGAGAAAAGAGGUGAGGCAAGAUAGGUCUAUACAUCCAUUGUUUUCUUCUCUUCAGUCUUCCACCUCCGGAUUGUAGCUGUCCCCUUAUAUACUUUCCUCUUGGUGCUUUCUGGGUUUUAAAUUUCAUUUUUCUUCGUUAUUUUCUUCCCCUCUUGGUUCUUUCUGCUGGUUUUACCCAUAUAUAUAACCCCCACCAAAUUCAAUUUCCCUUUUCUUUAUUUCUCAGUUAUGAAAGAAUUAAGAUUCAAAAAGCUCAUCCUCAGAGCUCAGAUUUUAUGUUGGUUUUGGUAAUUUAAUUUGGGUUUGAUUUUUUUGGUGACUUCUAGGUUUUGGUUUUGUUAGGAGUAUCAAAAAUUAAGAAGCAGAGAAGAAAUAGAGCUGAAAACAUAAAAGCUGCUUAAAGAUGGCUGCUGCCUCAUCAUCCUCACCCUUCUUCGGAGCUACCAGAGAGGAAAAUCAAAACCAGACGUCCUUACAGCAACAUUCCUCCACACCGACUUCCUCAUCUGCUGCUCCAAACACUGCACCUCCAAAGAAGAAAAGGAACCAACCUGGAACACCAAAUCCAGAUGCAGAAGUGAUAGCACUAUCUCCCAAGACCCUAAUGGCAACAAACAGAUUCAUAUGUGAGGUAUGCAACAAAGGGUUUCAAAGGGAGCAAAAUUUGCAACUUCACAGAAGAGGACACAACCUGCCUUGGAAACUAAGACAGAAGACUACAAAGGAAGUGAAGAGAAAGGUUUAUUUGUGUCCCGAACCCACCUGCGUCCACCAUGACCCCUCGAGGGCACUCGGUGACCUCACCGGCAUCAAAAAACACUACUCUAGAAAACACGGUGAGAAGAAAUGGAAGUGCGAGAAGUGUUCUAAGAGGUACGCGGUUCAAUCCGAUUGGAAAGCUCACUCGAAGACUUGCGGCACUAGAGAAUACCGAUGUGAUUGUGGUACUCUCUUCUCAAGGCGUGAUAGUUUUAUCACCCACAGAGCUUUCUGUGACGCCCUGGCUCAAGAGAGUGCAAGGCAACCCGGUAACUUGAGCACCAUCGGAAGUCAUCUGUAUGGAAACAAUCCCAUGAGUUUAGGCCUGUCUCAAGUGGGGUCUCAGAUUUCUUCCCUACAAGAUCACCAGAAUCAUCCCUCAAGUAACAUGUUAAGGUUGGGAAGUUCCGGGGCAGCAAAAUUUGAGCACCUCAUCCCCCCAUCAAAUCCUCCUUCUCUGCAAGCCAUGGCGCCCGCAUCUGCUUUCUUCAUGGGAGAAGCUGGCCAAGGCUUUCAAGAACGCCAUUCAGCGCACGGAGGCCAGUUUUCGAAUAAGACAUUACAUGGACUAAUGCAGCUUCCUGAUCUUCAAAGCAACACUAACAAUUCCGCUUCCUCAGGAAAUCUCUUCAACUUGAGUUUCUUUUCUGGUAAUAGUUCCACCAGCAGCAUGAAUAACAGUGAGAAUGUGAAUUCGGGAUUCCUAGGACAUAAUCAGUUUAAUCAUGGGAAUGGUGGUGGACAAGGGGCAUCACUGUUCUCUAACAUGGGUGAAAAUAUCAGUUCGGGUCUGUCUUCUAUCUAUAACACUUCAAUGCAACAGGAGAACAUCUCCCCUCAUAUGUCUGCCACUGCUCUGCUCCAAAAGGCUGCUCAAAUGGGUUCGACUACGAGCAGCAAUCCCACAGCUUCCACCUUGCUAAGGGGAUUAGGGUGUUCUUCCUCUAGUGGGACUAAAUCUGACAGGCCACUUCUCUCGACUAACUUCGGGGCGAGUUUCGGGGGUGGCAGUGGAGGGGAAACCCUAAGAACUCAGAUGGAAAACGAUAACAAUCUUCAAGGGUUGAUGAAUUCUCUCGCAAACGGGAACUCCUCCAUUUUCGGGGGUGACCAAGGACAAGACAGUACUGGAUUUGGUGGUUUCAUUGAUCAACAAAACAACGCUGCCAGCUUUUGCAACGUGAAUGAGGCUAAAUUACAUCAGAACCUCGCGGUGUCGGAUAAGUUGACCUUAGACUUCCUGGGUGUCGGUGGAAUGGUUAGAAACAUCGGAGGAGGUUUCUUACAGAGGGAGCAGCAGCAGCAUGGGAUCAACAUUCGCAAUUUGGACCCAGAAUUGAAGUCGGCGUCGGGUAAUGACCAACAAUUGGGAAACACAAAGCUGCUGUGAAAGUUGGUCACGUACAUGCAUGCAGCUAGGUUAAUAUGUAGGGAACAAUAUGUCCACCUGCUUAGACCCAUUGAGGGUUUCUUAAUUUCCUAAACGCAUCUUAAUUAAGACUUACUCUAGAUGCAAUUUUAUUAAUUUUGUAGCUUUUCAAGGAGAAACAUAACUCUAUAAUUUUCCCUUUCGUGUUUUUACUUUUAAUUAAUCUAUAUAAAUGCAGCUACUUUUCAUGGAAACCUUAGGUUUUCCUUGAAAG